UUUUGAAAUUCACUGAACCAAGCUGCCAAAUACUAAUUUUGAAUCCUGCAGAAUUAGAGCAAAAGCAGCCAGAUGGAAAAUAACAUGAGGAAUUUGAAAUGAGUACUUUUGGAAGGAGUGAAGUUUUCUUCUAUGUUCCAAAGAAAUUUGUUUCAUUUCAUUUAGGGAAUCUGUUGGAGAUGGUUUCAAGAUGUAGAACUAUUACAAGUGAAGUAACCCAAAUGAAUUUGGCACAUCCACAUUGAGACUGCUUCAUGUUCUGAAAGUGAAGAGUACCACAGGAAGCUGGAUCACUGUAUCAUGAGCUGCUUGGGCUUCUAAAGUAUUGGAUGGAUUUUUAAUCAUAUGAGCCCAGAAAUAGUCAUGUCAAGCAGCUCAGAGAAGAACACGGAAAGUGGCCACCAUCAGCAUGAGGAGCCCAACAAAUCAGCCUGGUUCACUUCAAGCAGUUGGCUUGUCGGACUCUGAGAGAUGCUGCCACCCAUAACAUGUUGGAAUUAUCAUGAUCAGCUACUCAGUUUGGAGUUCAGCCAGUGGCCAGGAGCUUUGCAUGAUAGACAGCAAGGGUUGGAAUUUACAGAAGAGUAAACCAGGCCUGUGACCGAGGUGUAGAUUAAGAAGUGGAGUCAUGCUUCACACGACCAUAUCAUGUUGGCAGCCAUUCCUGGGUCUGGCUGUGGUGUUACUUUUCAUGGGAUCCACCAUCGGCUGCCCUGCUCGCUGUGAGUGCUCUGCCCAGAACAAAUCCGUUAGCUGCCACAGAAGGCGGCUGAUCGCCAUCCCAGAGGGCAUUCCCAUCGAGACCAAAAUCUUGGACCUCAGCAAGAACAGGCUGAAAAGUGUCAACCCUGAGGAAUUCAUAUCAUACCCUCUGCUGGAGGAGAUAGACCUGAGUGACAAUAUCAUCGCCAAUGUGGAGCCAGGAGCAUUUAACAAUCUCUUUAACCUUCGUUCCCUCCGCCUAAAAGGCAAUCGCCUGAAGCUGGUCCCUUUGGGAGUAUUCACGGGGCUCUCCAACCUCACCAAGCUGGACAUUAGUGAGAAUAAGAUUGUCAUUUUACUGGACUACAUGUUCCAGGAUCUGCAUAACCUGAAGUCUCUAGAAGUAGGGGACAAUGAUUUGGUUUAUAUAUCACACAGGGCUUUCAGUGGGCUGCUGAGCUUGGAGCAGCUCACCCUGGAGAAAUGCAACCUAACAGCAGUACCAACAGAAGCCCUUUCCCACCUCCGCAGCCUCAUCAGCUUGCAUCUGAAGCAUCUCAAUAUCAACAGUAUGCCCGUGUAUGCCUUUAAGAGGCUGUUCCACCUGAAACAGCUAGAGAUUGACUAUUGGCCUUUACUGGAUCUGAUGCCUGCCAAUAGCCUCUACGGUCUCAACCUCACAUCCCUCUCAGUCACCAACACCAACCUGUCCGCUGUUCCCUUCCUUGCCUUUAAACACCUGGUAUAUCUGACCCACCUUAACCUCUCCUACAAUCCCAUCAGCACUAUCGAAGCAGGCAUGUUCUCUGACCUGAUCCGCCUUCAGGAGCUCCAUAUCGUGGGGGCCCAGCUCCGCACCAUUGAGCCUCACUCCUUCCAAGGGCUCCGCUUCCUUCGUGUGCUUAACGUGUCUCAGAACCUACUGGAAACUUUGGAAGAGAAUGUCUUCUCCUCCCCUAGGGCUUUGGAGGUCCUGAGCAUCAAUAACAACCCAUUGGCCUGUGACUGCCGUCUCCUCUGGAUCCUGCAGCGGCAUCCCACUCUCCAAUUUGGUGGCCAGCAGCCCAUGUGUGCCGGCCCAGACACCAUCCGUGAGAGAUCCUUCAAAGAUUUCCACAGCACUGCCCUUUCUUUUUACUUUACCUGCAAAAAACCCAAAAUCCGUGAAAAGAAGUUGCAGCAUCUGCUAGUGGAUGAAGGGCAGACUGUCCAGCUAGAAUGCAAUGCUGAUGGAGACCCUCAGCCUGUGAUUUCCUGGGUGACCCCUCGAAGGCGUUUUAUCACCACCAAAUCCAAUGGAAGAGCCACCGUGUUGGGCGAUGGCACCUUGGAAAUCCGCUUUGCCCAGGAUCAGGACAGUGGGAUGUAUAUUUGCAUCGCUAGCAACGCCGCUGGGAACGACACCUUCACAGCCUCUGUAACAGUGAAAGGAUUCACUUCAGACCGCUUCCUCUAUGCCAACAGGACCCCUAUGUACAUGACUGACUCCAAUGACACCAUUUCCAAUGGCACCAAUACCAAUACUUUUUCUCUGGACCUUAAAACAAUACUGGUGUCUACAGCCAUGGGCUGUUUCACAUUCCUGGGAGUGGUUUUAUUUUGUUUUCUCCUCCUUUUUGUGUGGAGCCGAGGGAAAGGCAAGCACAAAAACAGCAUUGACCUUGAGUAUGUGCCCCGAAAAAACAAUGGUGCUGUUGUGGAAGGGGAGGUGGCUGGACCCAGGAGGUUCAACAUGAAAAUGAUUUGAGGGUCUACCAUUCACACUAUUGUUUCUGUGUCGUUGUGGGUAACCAGUGAGACAGCUGGCACAGUGAAUUACUAGGCCAAGUGCAGCUGCCCCUGUGUCAAAGCAGGGUCCAUGGAAGCAGGAGGACUUCUCAUGGAGACUCUCCACCUACAGGCAGGCAGACAUGUGUCAGAGUCCUUCACAGUGGGAUACUAAUUGUUUGCAUUGCAAAUAUUGGCAUUCUGGGGAUCUCAGUAAUGAACCUGAACCUUUGGCUCAUGCUCAUGGACAGUUACUCAACAUUUUCUACCACUGCAAAAACAAAAGAAAAAAAAUAAGAAGGAACAACCUACAAUGUAGGAUUUACAUAUUAAAAAGACACAUUUGUCUAAAACAUACUCUACAGAAAAUUUGUAUCUCUGAUUAUCAUUUGUUGAAGCCUGGCAUCAUACCAUAUUGUUGAUUCAGCACCACAAAGAGAUCAAUAUAUUCUUUACUUUUUUUUAAACAUAUAUGCUGUAUAUGUUUUAAAGCAAUAUGAAUGAGAGGUUGUGCUUUUAGUUACUCACCACUAUAGUUCCAAGUGUGAUUUUAUCUUCCUUUACAUAGAGAUGACCCUGAGAUUAGAUCCCUGGAGUUAUGGGCGGAGAUAUGUGGAAUGAGGAGUUUGUCUGAUGUAGGAUGCCAAGAAAUAGGACCCAAGGAAAAACUGCUCAACUCUGUUAACUUCUGUUACUAUAAAUAAAGGCAUGUGCCUAGUUUUGAUACA